UGUCCCGCCACCGGUGCGCGAUGGCUGAGAAUGAGGAGAACCUAGAUCCUUCUAACCUGAUGCCACCACCUAAUCAGAUGCCGGCCCCCGAUCAGCCGUUUGCACUAUCUACUGAGAGACAGGAGUCGUCUAUUCCGAGGGCAGAUUCAGAUAAAAAGUGGGUUUAUCCUUCUGAGCAGAUGUUCUGGAAUGCGAUGUUAAGGAAAGGGUGGAAAUGGAAGGAUGAGGAUAUUAGUCAGAAAGACAUGUAUAAUAUCAUUAGAAUUCACAACCAGAACAACGAGCAGGCCUGGAAGGAGAUUUUGAAGUGGGAAGCCCUUCACGCUGCGGAGUGUCCCUGUGGCCCAUCACUGAUCCGGUUUGGAGGGAAAGCGAAAGAGUAUUCACCAAGGGCAAGAAUUCGUUCCUGGAUGGGGUACGAGCUGCCUUUUGACAGGCACGACUGGAUCGUCAACCGUUGCGGGACAGAAGUCAGAUACGUCAUUGACUACUAUGAUGGUGGCAAGGUCAACCCGGACUACCAGUUCACCGUCUUGGAUGUCCGGCCGGCUUUGGACUCGCUCUCGGCUGUGUGGGACCGGAUGAAGGUCUCCUGGUGGCGCUGGACUUCCUAACCACUGCUUUGUCAGAGGUGGGAAUAUAUAAACUGGUGUUUUUUUUUUUUUUUUUCUGAGCAAUACAUUAUACUACUUCCCCCAAACUGAACUGCACUCCUGACAUAAUGGAAAUGUCAAGGGGCUCAGCACACCGUACAUGUCACUCAGCAAAGGGUACUCUGCACUCGCUCUUCUGAGUUCCGUUUCCACCUUGCGGUUGAUAGUGCAUCAUUUUAAGUUUUCUUCCCAUUUAGAGAAGUGGGAAGCACUCCCUUAGUCUUUCCUUUGACUGUAGUAUUGCCCGUGUAUUUAAUCUAGAAAAGUCUGAACAACCUCCAAGAAAGACCUUUGCUUAAAAUACGAGCUGCUU